AUGGGCUCGUCCGCCACAGAUCCCUCGUCAGCACCCUCCCCGCGCGACCGCAUCAUGACGCACAUGAACCGCGACCACCAGCGCGAGCUCUCCCUCUACCUGCGCCACUACGCCGGCCUCAGCCGCUCCGCCGCCUCGUCGCCGUGGCUCAAGGACUGCACUUUCGAAGGCAUGACCAUCGCGGCCGGCGGGCUCGGCGGCAAGGAGUUCUUCAUCGAGUUCAAGCCGGCCCUCACGGCGUGGGAGGACGUGCGGCCCGCCGUCGUGGAGAUGGCGCGCGCGUCGCAGCAAGCGCUGGGGUACAGCGACAUCACCGUCGGGCACUUUGCGCCGCCGCAGGGCUUUGACGUGGUUGUGUUUGGGGCCGUUGCGUUCUACUUUGUCUGCUGGCUCACGCUUGGGUUUGUGCUGCCCGGUACGCCGAUCUGGUCCUUCCUCCAGACCGCGUUCCCCGGCGGUCCGAGGUUUUAUCGGUGGUUGGUCAAGGCUAUCUUCCUGCCCGUGUUGGGAAUUCACCUGAGCGAGUGCUUUUGGUUUCACCGUACGAGGCUUCAAAGGCACGGCAUCGAAUUCGGAACUACCUUGUGGUGGACAUGGAUCGGAAGUUUGUUCUUUGAGGGACUGCCCGGGUUCUGGAGGUUCGAUGGCAUUAUCGCGGCUAAGAGAAAGGAGAAGGAGAGCAAGAGCCACUGA